GCGAGACAGCCCGGUUGCAACGGGCGCGUACAAACGUAUCAUGCUGGGUAGGGCCGGUGCCGAGAUGCCGGCUUGUAAACGAAACCAGUUUGCUAUCCGAUACGAUCCAGGCAACAGCGGCCUCGCGUGAUAUCCCCACGACGUGGAAGAGCGUCAGCGCGCCUGGCCUAGUGGGUGUUACCUGAGCGACCUGGAGAACGGUUGCGCGAACCCACCUGACAGCGAUCUUCAAUGGGUAUCGGAGCUCUUCACAACGCGUUCCUGCUCCAAUUCAGACGUUGCCACGUGCCGCCUUUCGGGGAUUGUUUCAAAAUUAAUUAGUGACGUGUCGCGACGCGCGCGAGAGAGAAACAAAAAGGAAGGGAGGGAGAGAAUCGCUAAUGUAGGCUUUCAGAAUUUAGUACCUGCGGAAACAGAGGCGAUUUUUUUCGGGCAAUUCUCUCAUCUCGUAAGAGAUUACAACUUGUCGCGUCUCUCUUCAAAUGUCAUAACACCUGAUCCGUUUGUACUUUUGAACUUUAGAAUUCUGUGGUGUCAAUAGUGAAGUGGAUAAUCAUCCAGUGACCGUCACGUACGUUUGUAAUGAGCGAGCGUACCGCGCGUGACUCCAACGAAUCAUGAGAAGGUCUAAGAGCAAGCAUAAAUCGGAGCGGCGUGCUUCCUGAACCGCGACAAGACCGGGUGACAUCGAUACUCCAAGAAGACAGGCAGAGCCAAAAUUGGUGUAUCGCGAGAGGAUCACCGUUUCGGGAAGAUGUCCGCCGCUGGGACCACACCGCCAAACGCGAACGGUCCGCUUGUACCUUGUCCGUACCUUGCCCUGCCAACCUUAUCUUUCUCCGUCAGUCAGGUGGCAACGGUCUGCGAGACCCUAGAAGAGAGCGGCGACAUCGAGAGGCUGGCCAGGUUCCUAUGGAGCCUUCCGGUCGCUCAUCCCAACAUUCAGGAAUUGAAUCAAAGCGAGGCUGUUCUUAGAGCGCGUGCCAUCGUGGCGUUCCACUCGGGACAUUAUCGGGAGCUCUACGCUAUACUGGAGAGGCAUAAGUUCACCAAGGACUCUCACGGUAAACUACAGGCGAUGUGGCUGGAGGCACAUUAUCAGGAGGCCGAGAAACUCCGCGGCCGACCGCUGGGUCCGGUGGAUAAGUAUCGCGUAAGGAAGAAAUUUCCAUUACCACGGACAAUCUGGGAUGGCGAGCAGAAGACGCAUUGCUUCAAAGAGAGAACGAGAUCGCUGCUCCGAGAAUGGUACCUCCAGGACCCUUAUCCAAAUCCAGGAAAGAAGAGAGAGCUGGCCGCAGCGACGGGACUCACGCCGACGCAAGUUGGAAAUUGGUUCAAGAAUAGAAGGCAAAGGGAUCGCGCUGCUGCAGCGAAAAACAGCAGAAUGCAGCAACAGUCGGGCCAAGGAAACGGAAACGCGCGGCGUACUCUGAGCCCGGGGCCCGGUGGCAGUAGCAGCGAGGAAUCUGACAUUUCUCUCGGAGGAACAUCACCGCCAUCGCCAAGUUCCUCGCCGCCACCAAACCACCAACCGUCCCCAGUACCCCUUGGAUCUCUCGGACCUUUGCCACCACCCUCUUUGAAUUUCCGCUUCGAUCCUACGCAGCCGCACUUUCGAUUCAGUCAGACGGCUUUCAAGUUUCCACCGACGAGCUUCCGAUUCGGACCACAUAGUCCGCAACCUAACCAUUCGAAUAUGCCGGGUGGUGGGAUUUUCAGGUUCGCGGAGUCGAGCCCUUUCCAGGCUGUAGGGCCCAGGGGUGAUCCGGCGACGAGAGAAAAUGCAGUUCUCUCUUUACUCUAUUACAGACUGCCGGAUUCGCUGGGUUUGCCACCGCCGAGACUCCAUCCGCACGAAGGCCUGCUACACCACCCGCACCCCCAACACCAGCUGUCCGAAGGAAUAUCUAGGAUAUCUGAAACGUCGCGAUUAUCCGACGGCGGGUUAUCUCGUCUUUCGGACAGCUUAUCGGAGGCCCACAGCCCGCCACUAAUGGCGGCGAACCUGUCGGUCACUGGUCCGCUGAGGGUGGCAGUACCUAGCCCUCAUACCCCCUCGUCACGAGGCAGCCCACCCCCGCGUCAACCGACACCUCAGGGUCAGUCCCAAGGUCAGGGGCUGAUAAGGGUCGCCACGCCACCGCCGGCGAAUCCAAACCCGCGGAUCCACAGGCCCUUUACGCCCGCGUGAUACGACAAGGACGACGAAUCGCAAGACGCCGUCGACACAAAUGAUCGUCCGAUGUCGAAAAAGAGCUAUAGAUGCGGUGACAUCGCGAACGAGCGCUUCGAGGUGUUGUGAAGGCGGGGGAUCCGAUGGAGUGGACAACGAUUUGGUCUUUAUGUAUCGGCAAGUUCUACGAGAUGCGAGGAAGAAUCGGUUGUGUCUAGGAAAUUAUAAGUAUGCGCGACAUCGCAGAUCCGAUACGAUAUUCUGAGGAAACUUUUCACAUUUUCAUGAGGACCGUUAUAACGAAACAAAUGAGGAUCGAUAAAACUACGGAGAUUAUUCAAAGAUAGAUGCAAAAUGUGAAUCAGUAUCUAGCAAGAUGGCUUUCUUCCACAACAGUUAACAUCACCAAAAAAAAAA